ACGAACGAAAAUCACGUUGCAUUGGAUAUUUUCUCUGCUGAAUUGUUGUCGCUGUUUGAUCAUUAUAUCGAACCUAUUUUACGACGAUCACGAUGCCGAAGGCGUUUUUGAUCAAGAAGAAGCACGAGGCCAUGAUUGCCGCCCAGUUGACGGGUGUCAAACGGCCAUGGCAAGACGAAAUGUGCUUGCCCGAGGAUCUCUCCAGAUCCUCUUGUUCGCCAGCUCUUUCUGUGUCGCCUGCCCCUUCGGACUGUUCAGCGACCGUACCAGAUCUGACAAUGCCCUACGAUUUGACAAUGAAGCGUCCCCGUGAAUCUUCCAAGUCUCCUGAACGCGUCGCGUCACCUGAACACAUUGAGACGCCUGAAACGAAACAAACCAUCGUUGCACCCACUCCAAUAUUUCCUGUUGGCGCGAUUCCUAUGCCAUACGCCAUGCAUCCCUACUAUUACUCGCUGUUACCUCAUAUGACACCUUUUACCACCGCGCAACUUGUUGCUGGGCAGCCCUCAAUGGUUCACCCCGUUCCUCUUGGCCUACAAGUCGCAGCUACCUCACAAGCAUCGGUUGCUUUGCCACAACAGCACGGGGAUGUUGCUGUUGUCCCAUCCUGGACUCAGCCCUCGGAAUCGUCGUAUAGCAGCUCCGACGAGUCGCCUAAAUCAACAUCUGAACCGAGCUCACCUGUGCGCCCUUCAUCCGCAUCGUCCGCGACGUCCACGUCGUCUUCUUCAUCAAUGCCGUGCUCGUCGUCAUCGACUAGCAAAGGCGCCUAUCUGUGCAAGUACUGCCCGAAGUCCUAUGUGUCACUUGGCGCUUUGAAGAUGCACCAUCGCACGCACACGCUUCCAUGCCGCUGCAACAUCUGUGGCAAGGCGUUCUCUCGACCAUGGCUUCUGCAGGGACAUAUCAGGACGCACACAGGGGAAAAGCCAUUUGAAUGCGAACACUGCCAUCGCGCAUUCGCCGAUCGCUCCAAUCUUCGAGCGCACCUCCAAACCCAUCAGGAGGUGAAAAAGUAUUCGUGUACCAAAUGCUCGAAGACUUUUUCCCGAGCGUCUCUCCUUCACAAGCAUCAAGACUCUGGAGCAUGCUGUCAGCAGGGUAAUUCGGUGGCAGUGAUGCGUCCAUCUCCCCAGUCUAGCCCGGCGGCGGCCGUCUAUUUUACGACGAUCACGAUGCCGAAGGCGUUUUUGAUCAAGAAGAAGCACGAGGCCAUGAUUGCCGCCCAGUUGACGGGUGUCAAACGGCCAUGGCAAGACGAAAUGUGCUUGCCCGAGGAUCUCUCCAGAUCCUCUUGUUCGCCAGCUCUUUCUGUGUCGCCUGCCCCUUCGGACUGUUCAGCGACCGUACCAGAUCUGACAAUGCCCUACGAUUUGACAAUGAAGCGUCCCCGUGAAUCUUCCAAGUCUCCUGAACGCGUCGCGUCACCUGAACACAUUGAGACGCCUGAAACGAAACAAACCAUCGUUGCACCCACUCCAAUAUUUCCUGUUGGCGCGAUUCCUAUGCCAUACGCCAUGCAUCCCUACUAUUACUCGCUGUUACCUCAUAUGACACCUUUUACCACCGCGCAACUUGUUGCUGGGCAGCCCUCAAUGGUUCACCCCGUUCCUCUUGGCCUACAAGUCGCAGCUACCUCACAAGCAUCGGUUGCUUUGCCACAACAGCACGGGGAUGUUGCUGUUGUCCCAUCCUGGACUCAGCCCUCGGAAUCGUCGUAUAGCAGCUCCGACGAGUCGCCUAAAUCAACAUCUGAACCGAGCUCACCUGUGCGCCCUUCAUCCGCAUCGUCCGCGACGUCCACGUCGUCUUCUUCAUCAAUGCCGUGCUCGUCGUCAUCGACUAGCAAAGGCGCCUAUCUGUGCAAGUACUGCCCGAAGUCCUAUGUGUCACUUGGCGCUUUGAAGAUGCACCAUCGCACGCACACGCUUCCAUGCCGCUGCAACAUCUGUGGCAAGGCGUUCUCUCGACCAUGGCUUCUGCAGGGACAUAUCAGGACGCACACAGGGGAAAAGCCAUUUGAAUGCGAACACUGCCAUCGCGCAUUCGCCGAUCGCUCCAAUCUUCGAGCGCACCUCCAAACCCAUCAGGAGGUGAAAAAGUAUUCGUGUACCAAAUGCUCGAAGACUUUUUCCCGAGCGUCUCUCCUUCACAAGCAUCAAGACUCUGGAGCAUGCUGUCAGCAGGGUAAUUCGGUGGCAGUGAUGCGUCCAUCUCCCCAGUCUAGCCCGGCGGCGGCCGUGUUUGCUUUUUAA